CUGCCUCCCUCCUUCCCCCUCCCCAUUUUUUUUUCUCAGUCUUCCUCACCCACCCCUUUUCUCUCCGUCUCCGUCAUCCCUACACCUCCAGUCUGCUUCUGUUGUCUCGGCGGAUUGUUAGGCUUGUCGGAGAGAGAAGGGAUAUCGCGAGUAUUGGAGUUUUGGUGAGAGUUUGUGGAAGAUGGCGCCUGUUGUGACAGGGAAGUUUGGGGAGCGCCCUCAGCCACUGCGCCUAACAAGAGAAGCGAUGAGGAAUUACCUAAAGGAGCGAGGUGACCAAACCGUCAUGAUCCUGCAUGCAAAGGUUGCACAGAAAUCCUACGGCAAUGAGAAAAGGUUCUUCUGCCCUCCUCCUUGCGUGUACCUGAUGGGCAGCGGCUGGAAGAAAAAGAAGGAGCAGAUGGAAAGAGACGGCUGCACGGAGCACGAGUCACAGCCUUGUGCCUUUAUUGGCAUCGGCAACAGCGACCAAGAAAUGCAACAGCUCAACCUGGAGGGAAAGAAUUAUUGCACAGCCAAAACCUUGUACAUAUCCGACUCCGACAAGAGAAAGCACUUCAUGUUGUCUGUCAAGAUGUUCUACGGCAACAGCGCAGACAUCGGCGUCUUCCUCAGCAAGAGGAUCAAAGUCAUCUCCAAGCCCUCCAAAAAGAAGCAGUCGCUCAAAAACGCUGACCUGUGCAUCGCAUCAGGGACCAAAGUGGCGCUGUUCAACCGACUCCGCUCCCAGACGGUCAGCACACGUUACCUUCACGUGGAGGGGGGCAACUUCCACGCUAGUUCCCAGCAGUGGGGCGCCUUUUACAUCCACCUGCUGGACGACGAGGAGUCAGAAGGAGAGGAGUUCACUGUGAGAGACGGUUACAUCCACUACGGUCAGACGGUCAAGCUGGUGUGUUCGGUCACCGGCAUGGCGCUGCCCAGACUGAUCAUUCGAAAAGUCGACAAGCAGACGGCGCUGCUAGACGCUGACGACCCGGUCUCCCAGCUGCACAAGUGUGCCUUCUAUCUGAAGGACACAGAGCGCAUGUACCUGUGCCUUUCCCAAGAAAGGAUCAUCCAGUUUCAAGCCACUCCAUGCCCAAAGGAACCAAACAAGGAGAUGAUCAAUGACGGCGCCUCCUGGACAAUCAUCAGCACGGACAAGGCUGAGUACACUUUCUAUGAGGGGAUGGGCCCCGUCCAGUCACCCGUCACCCCUGUGCCUGUGGUAGAGAGCUUACAGCUUAACGGUGGGGGGGAUGUCGCCAUGCUGGAGCUGACAGGACAGAACUUCACACCAAAUCUGAGGGUUUGGUUUGGAGACGUGGAGGCUGAAACCAUGUACAGGUGUGCAGAGAGCAUGCUGUGCGUGGUGCCUGACAUCUCUGCCUUCCGUGAGGGCUGGCGCUGGGUCCGGCAGCCCGUCCAGGUUCCCGUCACGCUGGUGAGGAACGACGGCAUCAUCUACUCUACCACGCUGACGUUCACCUACACACCCGAACCCGGCCCAAGGCCGCACUGCAGCGCCGCCGGCGCCAUCCUGCGGGCCGGGAGCUCCAGCCUGCACAAUAACAGCAGCCAGGAAACUGGCCCCGGCGUAUAUGGCCCCAACAGUACCGGCGGCGGCGGCGUUACGUCCUCGUCCUCCACUGCAGCAGCCGUGGUGUCCUAACACACACACAGUAUGCCUUGAGAGCAAACAUACCUUGGGGUAAAUAGAGACAAUAGGAAACGGACCGGAAGUGACUCCUUGUAGAGUGCUGCGUGUUCAUCUGGGAUACAAACUGAAGGAGUGACAUCACACAGGUGUCAGCCAAUGGGAAUAAGCAGAAGAGCUCCGCCUCCUGGGUUACUUAAGGGACCUGCCUAUUUAAUCCUGGUGUUUGAAACAAGUGAAGUUCCUGCACUCUCAGAGCACCAGCACCUUCCUCCAGCUGUGAGACACAACAACACAUCCACCCUGGAAAACACCAACCUGCUUCUCCAUCGUUCCUCUAAAAACGCCUCCUGUUCUGCCUGGAUUCAUUCUCUGAUCUCCAACAAACUCAGCUGGAUGUGUUGUUGUUGCAGGAUGCAGAGACACACAUAAAACGUGACGAUAACAUAGUUUUUAUGGACCAAGGAUCUUGUAUAAGCUUUAGUAAAGGUACAGUUUUCUCCAUACCUUUUUUUGUAUUAAACAUAUAGUACACUUUUGUUACCAAAUAGUUUCUAUUCUUCCUCUGAGCUUUGGGCUUUGUUUUCCCCUGUUUGAGGUCCAAACUCCAAACCUGUAUGUUAAUGUGACCUUACAGCGAAACACCUGCUUCUCAAUACUCGGGGUGAUUUUUUUUCUUUUUUUUUCUUUUUUAUUUUGAUACGUCUUAUUUUGGGGGGAGAAAAAAAAAGUCUGGGUUGGUUUAUUCAGACACGAAGGUUGUUUUUAUUACUUUUCUUUUGUUCAUUUUUAUCAGGGGGGGUUGACCUCAGAGGGGGCUAUAUUUUUUAUCUUUUUUUUUUUAAUGAUGUCUUGAAAAAGAAAAAAAAAAGCUUUAAGCAACGCCUUUGCCUUGCCUGCAAUACUCUGCGUGCUCGCCGCGUCUCCUGGAUCGUUAGCGCAUCAGUGCAUCUCACAUGGAGCCAUAGCAGCAUCUGCAGAAUGUGUGGAGAAAAAAAAAAAAUACAAAAAAACAAACGACCUAGUUGGUUACAAAAACAAGUUAAACUGAUGUAAUAAGCGUUAGUAAGCCUUAGUACUGUCAAUUUUUACUGUGCACACAUUCAGAUCAGUCACAUAUCUAGUAUCUGUUGCUCACUGCACCCGGCGAGGCGUCUUCCAACGCGUGCUUUACUUAUAUCUGAUAGUUUUCCAAAAAGAAAGGGGGGGGGAGCAAAACGACGGACACUUUUGUUUCAAUUUGAUGUGGCCUUACUGCAAAAAAAAAGAUAAAAGAUGUUCAGCUUUUUUCUUAUCUGCUGUUUACUCACCGUGGAAGAAC